AUGAUACGAAGUACAAACGCCGGUGUCGUUCAACUGAUGAAAUCAAUAGAGACAAUUUUUCAGAGAGAUGAUCAAAACCAACCGGUGGACCUCGAUCUAAUAAAGCCUCCGUUUUUAGCUUUUGUGAAGAAUGAAAAGCUGUUGAACAAUGUUGAAGGCGAAGUAAUUGGAACUUUAAGAAUAGUAAACCAAACAAAAGCAAGAAAGUUGGUUGUUGAAGGACUCGAAGAAGGAUUUGUUAACCAAAUAGCGCAGUUUACCUUGACUACGAGAGACGCAGAAGGAAGGCAAUGUUACAAUGAAGAUGAUCACGCAACGGUGGAGAUCAUGAACGAACAAGGACGAGAAUGCGUGACGGAAGUGCAAAUAGUUGACAAUAGAGUUGGACUCUAUCACAUCAGCUAUUCUCCCAGAGAUUUAGGAAGGUUUAACAUGCUAAAAACAGCCCUUUUACCAUAA